UUGUUUCUCGGUCUGACCUUGCUUAACAACCUAACAACCAAGAAAAUAUUCGGUUGUAACAUUGUGGACCUCAGGGUGUACAUAUAUAUUUGCGGAGUACGGACAACCACCGUCGGAAAUGCCAAGGUAUCAUCUGAUUGAGGCCCAAGGAUGCAUAGAAUCGACGUGUACACAAGCGGUAGACACGAGCAUGGAACAGAGCAGGUUUCACAUUUCGUCUCGAGAAAAAAACGUAAUAUUUGACCGAUACUUGCUGCUAUUCUGCAAUUCAAUCACUGGACAUCGGCGUUCGAUGAAGCGGAAUCGUCACUCCAGGCGAUCCCCAGAAAAACGCUCGUACGUUUCUGCUCCGCUUUCGACUCCUGCGUUUUUGUCUCCUCUUUUCCAAGGCCUCUUGGUCGAAACCGAACAGUCGUUUGAACCAAUCCAUUGCAAGGAAAAUAGUUAUUUUAGUUCACCACUUUUUUGGUUUAAUGAUGUUAGGAUCGGAGAUGAUCUUGUAUGGUCGAAAGAGGUUGGGAGACUUACCGCACGCGGUUAUAAAGCGAAGAAUGCGAAAUAUCAUCUCCGUUGGCGGUUGGCGCCAUUGUUUAUGAUGCGGGGGCGCCGAGAGACAAAUGUCCUAGAUUUAUCUCGGUAACCCGCCGACGGUCUUAGCAUCACCAACACCCAUCCGAAUGC